AUUUUCGUCUUAGCUUGACCUGUGAUGUUUUCGACAAAGGCUAAGGAAAGGUGGUGUAAAAGUCAGGAGAUUUGACUUUGAGAUUCUCAAAAUGUGGUUGUGCCCACCAGGGGGCGCAAACGUUCCAUAAUCCUUGAGGCGGACCAGCCCCAGAUCGUCAAAAAGAAACAGGUGCUCCCGAACCAUCCCCGAGUGGAGAAGGUGGCGCUUUCCUCCGACAUCGUGACGACUUCCGCGCAGGAGGGAGGACCGAGUGAGUGAUCCGAGCACCGCCACCACUACCGCCGCAGAGGGAGAGAGAGAGAGAGAGAGAUGGCGGAGUGCGGCCGGAAGGCGCUGUCCCUCCUGGAGGCGGCCCGCUCCCGAUACGAGAGCCUGCAGAUAUCCGACGACGUGUUCGGCGAGUCUGGGGACGACAGCAGCGACAACCCGUUCUACAGCACCUCCGGGGACUCGGACUCGGACGACUACAUCGCCGAGGUGGGCGAGGAGCAACAGCACCACCACCACCACCGCCGUCAUCAUCAUCCUCCUCACCACUACCAACAGCACCAACACCAACACCAGCACCAGCACCACCAGAGACGGGCCGACAGGGAGAGCUCACACGGCGGCGGAGGAAGCCCCGGUCCGCCCGGUGCUCUGUCCCGCAGCCAAGCCGAGGAGGAAGGCUGGACGGAGACCGUGCAGGACGUCACGGUGCCGCCGUUUAAAGGCUCCUACGGCCCCGCUCAGAAGAUGCCGGCGACCGCCAGCGCUCUCGACUUCUUCCAGCUCUUCGUCCCGGACAACUGUAUCCAAAACAUGGUGACGCAGACCAACAUGUACGCCAAGAAGUUUCAGGAGCGCUUCGGCUCGGACGAGGGCUGGCGUCCCGUCACGGCCCAGGAGAUGAAGGCCUUCGUGGGCUUCGUCACGUCCACCAGCGUGCACCACUGCGAGUCGGUGCUCAGCAUCUGGAGCUCGGGCUUUUUCAGCAACCGCAGCAUCGCGCUGAAAAUGAGCCAGGCGCGCUUCGAGAAGAUCCUCAAGUACUUCCACAUUGUGGCCUUCAGGCCGUCGCAGGGAAGCAACCAGGGCCUGUACAAGAUCCAGCCCUUCCUGGACUCGCUGCAGCAGGCUUUUAGCUGCACGUUCAGGCCUUCGCAGACCCAGGUUCUUCACGAACCCUUGAUCGACGAGGACCCGGUCUUUAUCAGCACCUGUACGGAACGUGAGCAGAGGAAGAGGAAGAAGAGGAAGUUCAGUCUUUGGGUUCGACAGUGCACCGCCACUGGAUUCAUCUGUCAAAUUUCGGUGCAUCUGAAGGAGGGCCAAGGUGCGGACGGCCUGGCUGCUUUGAAGUACAAACCUCAGCUGCACGGUCUGGUGGCCAAGCAGCUGUGCCAGAACAUCUCGGGCAAAAACACCAUCGUCUUCACGGGCCCGUCCAUCACCAGCCUCGGCCUCUUCACGGAGUUCAGCAAGCAAGACAUCUACUGCUGCGGUCUGCUGAGCACCAGGAAGAGCGACUGCACGGGUCUGCCUCAGAGCAUGCUGGUGUGCAGCUCCACGCCGGCGCAGCGCGGCCAGUGGCGGGUGAUGAUGCAAGGCAGCAUGUCGCUCAUCAGCUGGUACAACAAGGGACACUUCAGGUUCCUGACCAACGCGUACUCGCCCACUAAACAAGGUCUGAUCAUCAAGAGGAAAAGCGGCGAGGUUCCGUGUCCCUUGGCGGUGGAGGCCUUCGCGGCGCACCUCAGCUACAUCUGCAAAUACGACGACAAGUUCAGCAAGUACUUUAUCUUCCACAAGCCCAACAAGACGUGGCAGCAGGUGUUCUGGCUGAGCAUCAGCAUCGCCAUCAACAACGCCUACGUCCUCUACAAGAUGUCCGACGCUUACGCCGUCAAGCGCUACAGCCGGGCGCAGUUCGGAGAGAGACUGGUGAAGGAGCUGCUGGACGUCGACGACGAAUGUUCGCCCACGCCUUGAGGCGACGAGGGGUUCCUUCACACACUCCCCCUACCCGACACACACAUUCACAUUCACACAAUUCCUCGCGCCUGUACAGACUGUGUGUCACCGUGCCGAAGCAGUGCCAACUUGUGCUCGGGUCCUUAUCGGUUGUACUGUAAAAGAUAUGUAACAUCACUUAUCCAGUUGGAGCAGUUGCAUGAUGGAGAGGAAUGAUGACUAUAAAGAUUUGUCAAAACAUGAGAUCACGGCAGUACUUUCCCCCUUUUAAUGUUAAAAUGCUGAACAAACAUACUGUAUGUUAUUGUAUACCAAAAUUCUUUAUUUUUAUUCCCAGCACUUUUUCGCCACUCCUUCCACAUUGCUCACGUUAUUGAAAUUUCAAAAGAGUCACAAAAUACAGGAAAUCUUGGAAAUCAUUUUUUCAUUUUCUUAAAAUUCUCUUUUUUGCCCCCACAUUUCAUAAUUUUUCACUCUGCCUCCCUCCCCCUCCAAAAAAAAAAACAUUCAAGUGAAUGAGACAUUUAACAAAAACGUUCCGAAUUCAAACUGUCCAGCUCAAUUAGAACAUUUUGGGAACUAUUUUCCACUCCAAUAAUCCUCAGAAUCCCCAAAAAUUCCACACUUCACAGUAAAAUUCCAAUAUUUCAGAGAUAUUUCACAUACAGUAGACUCCCGCAUACUCUCGGUUAGGCACCCGCGGAUUCACCUAUUCACCAUUUUUUUUUCUUUCUUUUACUUUUCCGUUUUUGGGGAGGAACACACCCCGAAAAUGCUUAUUGCCAGUUUAUCCCUGCUUAUUCAGGAAUUUUCUGGGUUCAAACUAAAUAAAAUUUCCAAUGCAAUUAUAAUGAGCAUCAACAAUUUUUGGAUUUUUGCUAUUUGCGGUUAGCUUGAUCCUCAUCUCCCGCGAAUAGCGAGGGUCCACUGUAUAUGCCUCGUCCAUCGACAUUUCUUGAGCAAUUCAAACCAUUCCAACUUCAAAGUUUUCCUCUUAGUGCGACCAUCUUGGGAACUUUUUUUAUUUACCAAUAAUUCCCACAUUCCCAAAAAUGCCACACUUUUCAAAGUAAAAUUCCUACAUUUUCACUUGUGUCACAGUUUUUGUUUGUCACUGUUUUCACGCCAGUGACACAACUAAUUGCAUACCACCAAUCGAAAAGUUCAUUCUCACUUUAUCCCCCUUUAAAAACUAAAAUGUGUCGUAAAAAUGGUUCCGGGGAAUGUUGUAACCAGUCUUUUGCAUUUACAUUUCCUAAUCCAACUGUGACUUAUCAAACGGUGACCCAAAGGAACGGAUAUUAUUGAUGACUGAGAGAUUCUGUACAUAUAGAUGUAUGAAAUUGAGCCAAUCAAUUUGCUGUAAGCAAGUCAUCGCCAUAGUUUUAGUCUGUUUCUAUUUUGUUUACAAAUCGCACUGAGUGUACGUCACACAGACACAAGAUUGUCCUUUUUUUAAUAUCACUAAUCCAAAGCAAUGUUGUCAUCACUUGUGUAUGUGUGUGUGUGGGCGUGUGUGUGUGAACUACUAAAUGUCCCGUACUCACUUGCAGUAACCUUCACUUCAUGUCACUUCAAUAUCAAAUACAGGCACAUGUGCAUAGUAGCUUCUAGUAGUGAUUAAACAAACAAUAUGUAACAAUGUGUCCAUCAACCAGCGUGUUGUCGAAGCUACGCUGGCAUAAAAUACGAAGCGGAAUGACUUUGUCGUCGCCACGGUGACCCCUGGUUUACGAACUUCAUCAGACAAUAAUACUGAUGUGUGAGUGUUAGCAUUAGCAUUGGCGCUAUCAAAACACUUUGCGGCCAGAUGCAUGUGUAUUUCAAGACCCGUGUUUGUCGUUUAACGCGUGUAUGUUUACGAUUUACUUACCAGUGUGGCUUAAUAGACGCAAAUGACUUAUUACAACAGUUUGCUGAGCCUUAAAUUUUAAAAGGGUAACUAAUUUAUUUAUUUAUUUAUUUUUUAUGUUUGCAGCAGAAUCAAUAAUUAUCUAAUAAUGUGACCAAAACAUAAAACAUUAUAAUAAUACAUCAUACUCACUAGAGAGACUGAUUAUUAAAUGUGUUAAUCUGUGCAGAUAUGUCUCGCUCGUUGAACUUGGCUGGAACAAGUUUUGCUCAGAUCAACCAAUCAGAGGACGGAAAUGGAUGACAUCAUCGAGGACCAGCUCACUGACCCAGUGAGGACAAAUUUAAAAUCGGAUUGGUUAAAGAAACAGUCCUAUUGCUAAUACAGUUUUACGUUACGGUGGCCAGCACUACUGUUUCUAAUGACCCUGGGCAGAUUAGAUUUACAUGGCAACACGGAGAGGCUGAAAUCUGAUUGGACAAAAAAAUAAAAUAAAUAAUUAAUCAACAUCCACCUGCACUGGGCAUAGUGAAGCCAAGAGAAAACUAUAAAAUGAAAAGAAAGACUUAUGCGAAUAAAUGAAUCCAAUUUAAUUAAAAAUGUGAAUUUAGGUUAUAAAUGUAAAUCAGUGAUAGUAUUUAAGUAUUUGUCAAACCUCUUAUCACCCCUUUUUUUGUUUGUUUGUUUUUUAAAUCUACCACGUUUAUGUUUUUCAGUUCUGAAAAGGUCCAUAUUUCAGGCCAAGUGGCUCAAAAAUGUGACUUUAUUUCUCUUUCUGUAAUAAUCCCACACAUCUAUCGUUAUUGUGCCUCUCCUUUUCGAUUCGCUCCCCAUGCAAACUAAUGGACGUGUCGGAGGAAACGUGCUUGACACUAAAUUACUCGCCCUAGUCGUGCGGUAUGAGAAGAUGUCCACGUGAUGUGAAAUGUGUGUGUGUGUGUGUGUGUGUGUGCGCGCGUCUCAUUGUGGUGUGUGUGUAUCUGUGCAGUGCUUCAUCUGUGCAUCCACCGAGUCAGUCGAGACGUGUAAUAAUCAGCUCUGAUGAUGAAAAAGAGUGAGCUCAGGGCACCUUUGCUAACUAACCGCACUUCGUACGCGACACUAUUGAUAGCAGACUAACACACAUACACUUGGUGGACUUAUUUAUCUCAUAACCGGGUGCUAUAAGUAUAAAGUCAACUUCAAUGUUAUGACAUCUUAGCAGCCAUGUUGAGGAGGUGAAAAAAAAAAUAACAUGGUAAAAGAUGGUAGAAAAAGAAAAGAACAGAGUUUUACCUUCAUGCAACUGAUGAGCUGGACAGACGUGUGUGUGUGUGAGUGAGUGUGAGUGUGUGUAUGCAUGUACUGUUAACACUGGGUUGAAAUGUGUACAAUAACUGGACCAAAUAAAUUUCAGAAAUGUGUGUGGUGACGAGUUGUACAAGG